UUUGGGGUUCAGAGUUAGAUAUCAAAUUCAUAAUCUUAUUUCAACAUUUCUAUCAAAACUCAAAUUCAGUUUCUACAUUAUUUUCAUUUUUCAGAGCUUGUUCCCACACACUAUUUCUAAAUGGCAGAAUUAUUUGAUAAAGCUAAGAACUUUGUAGCAGACAAAGUUGGAGCUAUCAAGAAACCAGAAGCUGAUUUAGAUGUUGAUAUCUCAAAAAUGGGUUUACAUUCAGUCACUUUGAUGGCAAACAUAUCAAUCACUAAUCCAUAUAGUCAUUCCAUUCCUAUCUGUGAAGUCAGAUACACCUUAUUCAGUGCCGGCAAGGAAAUUUUGUCCGGGACAAUGCCAGAUCCAGGUGAUAUUGAGGAGAAAGACGUGACAUUGCUCAAAGUACCGGUGAAAGUGCCAUAUAACAUGUUGAUGACUAUAGCCAAGGAUUUAGGUAGAGAUUGGGAUAUUGAUUAUGAAGUGAAAGUAGAUCUUAUUGUUGAUUUACCGAUCUUUGGUAAUAUCACGAUUCCACUAUCUAAGAAGGGUGAAAUUAAACUCCCAACUGCCUCUAGUCUGUUUGGUGGAGGAGAUGAUGAUUCAAAGGACAAGAAUGAUGAUGAAUGAUCGGAAGAUUUAAAGAAAGAGUGAUUUUCCUUAAUGUAUUGUUUUGGUUAUUAGUAAGGCCUUGGUUUAAUAUUGGUCCUACUAUGUUGGCUUGAAUAUUUCAGUACCAUGAAUAAAAUUUGUUUUGUCAUUUACUUGA